GUCUUGGAACUGUUGGUUGAGGGAUAUAUACAUAAAUACAUUUUAUAUAUUCACUCACGCGCGACCACAAGAGCAUGUGCUAACGGUGACUCUCGCCUCUCGGAGACUGGACACUACAAGCACACAUCAUCAUCAUCAUCAUCAUCAUGGCAAGCCCCAUCACUAUACGGAACCUGACAGCGCAGCCGCUCACCAUCCGGCUGGUCGAGCGAUAUGCGAGUCCGGCCAGGCGCAAGUCCAGCGUUGCUGGUCUAGACACCUUUUCCAAGAACUUCACCUCUCUGAUGAGCAACGUCACGGGCUCCGGAAGUAGCGCACCCACCCAGACAGAGCUGAGCGACAAGUCGGAGAGCUUUGUCCAUCAAGACGUCGAGAUCCGUCUAGAACCCUUCUCCACCUCGCAGACAGACAUCAACCUCACCGAGCGCGAUGGGAACGACAUCCUCCGUCUGACCGUGCAGGGCGAUGGAGGGGGCAAAUGGCGCAUCGAUUUGCCGACCAGAUCUGCAAUGGCCGAGAAGCUCACGCCUCUCACGCCCGAUCCCAAGCACGAGUAUCGAGCAAUCCACCUGCAGCGAAGCGCUUUCGUAGCCAUCAUGGAAGACUAUAACCCCGCGGCCUGGAUGAAGGAGUUUAGCGACGACACAUCGCUCUCGGCAUUGUCCAUACCAGGAACCCACAACUCUCCCACGUAUCACAAGGCCCUUCCUUCAGUGCGCUGUCAAGCCGUCUCCCCCCGGGAGCAGCUCGAGAACGGCGUGCGAUUCUUCGACAUUCGCGUUCAGCCCCAGAACCCCAGCGAUGCCAAAAACGACGAACUGAAUCUCGUCCAUGGCGUCUUCCCCAUCAGCCUCACGGGCCCCAAGAAGUUCCGCGGCCUCCUCAACCAAGUCCGUGAGUUUCUCAAAGAAAAUCCUUCCGAGACCGUCAUCUUCUCCUUGAAGCGUGAAGGCGCAGGCGACGCCACCGACCAACAACUCUCCCAAAUCCUCCGCGAUCACUACAUCGGCAGCGCCAAUUCCGAAGCCGUCAACAAUUGGUACACAGACCCACGCGUGCCCCAACUCGGUCAAGUCCGCGGCAAAAUCAUCAUCAUGCGCCGCUUCGCCCUCUCCGAACGCAUCCUCUCCGAAUGGCAAGGUCGCGGGUGGGGCCUCAAUGCCGAAAACUGGGCCUACAACACUCCCGAUUGCACGCACGGCGACGUGCGCGUGCAAGAUUUCUGCGAAGUCCUCGAGACGGAAAACAUUGAAAAGAAGAUUGCCUUUUGCUGCGACCAUUUCGAACGUGCGGCCUGUGUCGUCUGUCCCAUCCCGGGAAUUACCACGGAUGCGACCCACCCUGUUCCAGCAGGUCCGUUAUAUGUGAAUUUUUUGAGCGCGAGCAAUUUUUGGAAAGUCGGCUGUUGGCCGGAGAAGAUUGCGGCGAAAUUGAAUCCUGCUGUGACGGCGUUUUUGGUAGAAAAGCAUGAUAUUGUUGGUGGUGGAGAUCAGCAGAAAGAAGCAGAGGACGUAGAGAAAGUCUCCUCUGGUGAUGGAGGUUGUGGGAUUGUGGUGUGUGAUUGGGUGGGCAAAGAUGGGGAUUGGGAUCUUAUUCGAGCCAUUAUUACGAUGAAUUGUAAACUGCUGAAAUUGCAGAGGGGGAUUGGGUGGAAAUAGAUAGCAUACACACUAC